AUGCCAUCCAGCGUCGCUUACUCCGAAACAAGGACCCUGGCGAAAGAUCAUAAUGCUCGCGCCCUGAACGGCUCUUAUCGACUGGGCCGGGAACCGUUGGAAAUGCCUUCGCGCCCAGAUGAAGCUCGCAAAAAUGAGGAUAUCUUCUUGAACAUCGCUAGAACCGACUCAGACCGCCGUGAUUCAUUGGGUCGCUCGGAUUUUCGCCGGUCACGACUGGGCUAUUCAAGCCAAUCUCUUCGGGCGCCAACCACGCGAUUUGACAGCGAGCAAACCCCCUCUCCCGAUCAGCGCCUCAGCAAUGCGGAGAGCCCCUUGCUUGCGCAGAAUGAAUCCCCAACGCUCGCCUACAGCUCUUUCCAUACGCCAACAGCCUCCUCUCACCCUCUCGACGAUCAAAAUCGCUUCCGCUAUUCAAGUUUAGGAUCUGGUGCCCGAUCAACCAUUGGCGCGCCACGAAGCCGACUCAGUCGCACCAGUCCAGAGGCCUCUCCCCAUUCAGCCUCAGUCAACGGGGAGCGCCGGUCUUCCUUCCAUGACCCGCGUCUACAACGCCAUUCAACGCUUUCAACAGUUCGAAGCAGCCGGCAGCCAUCGACCUCUGAGGCGACGGAGAGAAAUCGCGGCGAGGCUGAAAAAUCGCGCGCGGAUGGUACCGAGUCAACGUUAUCUACAAACGCGCCUUCUACCGUCUGGGACGAACUUGAUGAUCUCAAGUCCCGAAUUCGCAAGCUGGAGCUCACUGGGAAACUCCCCCCAUCAUCGCAAGCUGCGAUCUCUGGAACAUCGAAUGAAAGACCCCGAACCGCCGCCACAACCGUGACUGCAAUCUCAACUUCGCCCAGACAACAGCGUAAAGCCAGUACAUCCGCUGCAGACGCUGAAAGUGCUGUCUAUGAUCAGGUGCAUCCACUGUUGCAAUCCGCAUUGACCAAGGCCAAGUCGGUCCUAGGUAGUGACGUGUAUUCGGCACUAGAUGCGACGAUCGCAGAUGCGUUAAAGAUCUCAACUUUAUUGGGCGCCAAUACAGCCCCGUCGGGCACUAUGUCUGCGGUAAAUGGAGGAUAUACUUCGCCAGAAAGACAAGCCCGACGCAAAGCCGACAGCGUGUGUCGUAGCUUGACCGAGCUGUGUCUGGCGUUGACGGAUGAGCAACUCAAGAAAACUCGACCAUCUUCCAGCCACGCCAGCACUGCGCAGCCUCAACGAUCCAAUGGUGGGGAGAACGAGUCGCUUGCCCCGAGCUCCUCCUAUCAGCGAACGAUCAAUCACGAACCCGAAAAUGUCGAGCGGCGACAAAGUACUAGCCGCAUUUCUAGUCGUCUCGAAGCGCGAAGAGCAUCUCUCAUCAAUCACAGCCCUAGUAAUCCCGCCGAAUCCAAAUCCCCCAAGUCACCCAGCGUCGCCCCUCCGCCAAGUCGCCUCCACCGCGCCUCUACUACUCUUCGUAACCGCAGGUUAACUUUCGACGACGAAAAUGGAGAAAUUCCUAGUCCGCAUAGCCGCUCACUUUCCCGAGCUGUGACUGAAAUCGGCACGCCCAGCCCGGCCCAGAAUGUGUCUCCACGGCAGCGAUUUUCUUAUAGCCACUCGCGCUCCGUCUCAAACGCUCCCCAAGACCAGAGUCUGGGAAUAUCUCCCCGGUCUACACAAUUUCAGGCGCCGGCGCUUUCUCAGGGCCCUCCAACACCUCAAGCUUUACCCCCCACAGUCACCACGGACGCCUACUGUCUCCUCGCAGACCGGGAUACCGGCUCGUCGUAG